AUGGAGGAGCUUACAGCAUGUGGGGAGGAGGAAGAGGAGGAGGUGCUCAUAAAGAAGACCGGUGCAACGUCUGUCAUAUGGACCUGGUUUGGGUUUAAGAAGUCUGAUGUGGAAAAAUAUAAUCUGCAAAGCCGGGCGACAAUAAUAGCAAAGAGAGGGAAUACAACCAAUUUGUUUCAUCACCUCAAAAUGAAGCACUUUUUGGAAUACCAAGAUAGCCAAAAACUGCGCCCUCCUCCACAAACGGCCAGUCAGUCUAGUGGAAAGAAAAAAGGUGGCCCUGCCCACCAGCAGACCGAUAUUGUGAAAGCAUUUUCUAAAGGCACUCCGUAUGACAAAAAAAAUCGGCGGUGGAUUGAUAUUACAAAUGCCAUUACCCUAUACCUGUGUAAGGACAUGGUGCCGUUUCUUACAGUGGAGAAACGCGGCUUUCAGAACAUGAUUAAGACACUCGAUCCACGUUACGAGGUACCUAGCCGCAAAUACUUUAGCCAAACUGGAAUGCCCAAACUGUAUGACAAAGUCCGUGAGCAAGUAAAGAACGAACUCCGGAGCAUAAAAUACUAUGCAACUACUACGGACUUGUGGUCAAGUCACACAAUGGAGCCUUACAUUAGUCUCACAAUCCACUUCAUCAAUGAAGAGUGGAAGUUGUGCAGCAGAUGCCUACAGACAUCUUAUUUUCCCGAGGAUCAUACGGGUGAACUGAUAUCUCAGGGAUUGAAGGAAGCGCUCGAGUCAUGGGGACUUAAAGAAGAGUUACAAGUCUGCAUAACCACCGACAAUGGCGCAAAUAUUGUGAAAGCAGUGGAAAUUAACGGCUGGACAAGACUGCAGUGCUUUGGUCACAGGCUCCACCUUGCCAUCGAGAGAACUGUGAAAGACGCCCGUGUUGAACAUGCCAUUGGCAAAUGCAAGAAAAUAGUGAGUGCCUUUUCUUACGCUUGGAAAAGGAAGAGAGAAAUGGCUAAUGCCCAGGCUGAGCUAAACCUGCCUCCUCACCGCCUCAUCACUGAAACACCAACAAGAUGGGGGUCUCGACAGCAGAUGAUUCAGCGGCUGCUCGAACAAGAGAAGGCCAUAUCACAGGUCCUGAAAGCAGACCGGAAAACCAGGCACCUGGUACCAACUUGGCAGGACAUUGAUGUGUUAGAAUCUAUGAACAAGACCCUCAGUCCCCUGUUGGAGUUUACAGAUGCUCUGUCUGGAGAAGAGUAUGUGAGUGUGUCGACUGUCAAACCUGUGCUCCACCUUCUAAACACCACAGUUCUUCCUCUAGCUGAUGACGACAUUGACACAGAACUGACGAAGGACAUGAAGACAGCCAUCCUCAAGUAUUUAAAUGAGAAGUACUCGGACGUUGCAACUGAUGACCUCCUGGAUAUGGCCUCCUUGGUCGACCCACGCUUCAGAUCAUCAUAUAUAGCAGAUGACCAAAGGCAGCAGCAGAAAUUCAGGCACUGCUAG